AUGGGAUCAGACCUUCAGAUGAAUGACACAGAACCCACCUCUCUUUUCACUGAGGCAGCUGUUGCGAUGCUGCUGCGGUCAAACAGAAACAGCUGGAUUUUCAGCAGAAGGAUUCUCCUUUUCUUUAAUCACAGCAGCCAUCCUAAACCCAGCCUGGGUGGUGCUGCAGAUGAGCGUGCACCAGCGCCGCCAGACACCGCGUUGUUCGGGAGCAUCCUCGCUACCUGGGCUGCUGGCGGGGCUGCUGAUAAAGCCUCUGCACAGCUGCGUGUUUGCAGGGGUUCACCAGGUCCCAGCCGUGCUGGUGGCUGCAUGGAGUUGAAAAUCCUUUGUAUUUUCUGCAACAGCAGCAAACUUUUCUUUAGUGCGACAGAGAGCUGUAGCACUGUGCAAUUAAAUUUCCUACGAAGACAACUGAAACGUGACCAUCCCAGUGCUGUAGUCCUUAGUACUGACGACUUCUUCAUUGACAAUGGUGUGUACGUGUUUGAGCCUGAAUUCCUAGAGGAUGCACACAAAUGGAACCAAAAGCGAGCACGCAAGGCAAUGAAGAAUGGGAAAAGCCCGGUUAUUAUUGAUAAUACCAACAUCCAAGCUUGGGAAAUGAAGCCGUAUGUGAUGAUGGCACGUGAAAAUAGGUACGAAGUUGUGUUCCAAGAACCAGAUACACCCUGGAAGUUCAAUGUUCGAGAACUGACAAGAAGAAAUAUUCAUCGUGUCCCUCAAGAGAAGAUCCAGCGGAUGAAAGACCAAUACGAGCGCAGCGUCACCUUCCACAGCGUUCUCCAGUCAGAAAAGCCAAGCAGAGAUGAGAGAAGCCCCAGUGGACCAAAUGCAGCUUACGGCAUGGGCGCCCAUUCCAGCCCCCCUCCAACCUCAAACAGGAGACCUCACGUGGCACCUACAAACAUCACGCCCUUUCACUGA